AUGGAAGAUUACUUCAAUCCAGCAUCUUAUGCUCACCUGUUCAAACACUCAUUGUCAGAGUCUGACUGGAGUGAACUGUUCAACUUGGACUUUAAGUUUGUGAUGGGAAAGACACCUCUGUCCCAGUUCCAGAUUCUUCCAAUCGUCAUUGGUAUCUACCUUUUCACCAUCUUCUCCAUCAAGUUCUUGAUGAGAAAUAGAGAGGCCUUCGAGUUGAAGUCUGCCUCUGUCAUCCAUAACUUCAUUCUUUGUGUCUGGUCUUUGGCCAUGUGUGCUGGUGUAGUCUACGAAUGUUACAAGAGGAUAAUGGGAGAGGGACCAUUGUUUACAUUGUGCGAGACAGCAGCUGGAUACAAUCAGGGACCAUCAUAUUAUUGGUCGUACAUUUUCUACUUGUCAAAGUUCUACGAGCUGUUUGACACUGUGAUCAUUGUGCUCAAGAAGAAGCCUUUGAUCUUCUUGCACGUCUACCAUCACUGCAUCGUCGUAUGGCUGUGCUGGUACUUCCUGUACACUGGCUGGUCGUUGCAGCUGUGGGUCGUGUUCCUCAACACAUUCGUCCACGUCUUUAUGUACUACUUCUACUUGAACUGCGCUCUCGGCAUCCAGGUGUGGUGGAAGAAGUACAUCACCAUGAUCCAGAUCAUCCAGUUCUGCUGCUUCGCUCUGGUCGGAAUCCUGCAUCUUGGUCUCAUCAACACUGUUGGCUGCCAGACCCACUACUCUGCCUUUGCCUCGGCCUACCUCAUCAACUUCUCCUUCCUCUUCCUGUUCACACAGUUCUUCAAGCGCUCAUACGACACCAAGGGCAAGGUUGCUGGAUCAUCCGCCAACAACUCCAGAACAAAGCCAAUCAAGUCCGAAUAA